UAAUAGUGGAAAUCUCACCUCCUGCGAAACUACUAAAAGGCCUCUGUUUCUGUCUGUGUCUCUCUUUCUGUGUGUAAGCUUCCAAAUCAAAAGAAGGAAGAACCAGGAAAAAGAAAGGCUAAGGAAGAAUGGCGAGUAGAUAUUGGGUGGUGUCAUUGCCAGUUCAAAAUUCAGCUUCCACUUUAUGGAACCGUUUACAAGAUCAAAUCUCUAAGCAUUCAUUUGAUACUCCUCUUUAUAGGUUUAAUAUUCCUAAUCUCCGAGUUGGAACCCUCGAUUCUCUCCUUUCCCUUAGCGAUGAUCUCGUAAAGUCAAAUAGCUUUAUAGAAGGAGUGUCUCACAAGAUCAGAAGACAGAUCGAGGAAUUGGAAAGGGUAUCUGGUGUGGAGAGCAGUGCUUUGACUGUUGAUGGUGUACCUGUUGAUUCAUAUCUCACCAGGUUUGUUUGGGAUGAAGCUAAGUAUCCAACAAUUUCGCCUCUAAGGGAGACUGUUGACAGCAUUCAUACUCAAGUUGCAAAGAUUGAGGAUGAUCUCAAGGUUCGUGUGGCUGAGUAUAACAAUGUGCGCAGUCAACUCAAUGCCAUUAACCGGAAGCAAAGUGGAAGCCUAGCAGUCCGUGAUCUUUCCAAUUUGGUGAAACCAGAGGAUAUUAUUACCUCUGAACAUCUUACGACGCUCCUUGCUGUUGUUCCCAAGUAUUCACAGAAGGACUGGUUGGCGAGCUAUGAAACAUUGACCAGCUAUGUGGUUCCCAGGUCCUCCAAGAAGUUAUACGAGGAUAACGAAUAUGCCCUUUAUACAGUGACACUAUUUAACCGUGUUGCAGACAAUUUUAGAACCAGUGCACGUGAAAAAGGGUUCCAAAUUCGUGAUUUUGAAUAUAGUCCGGAAGCACAAGAGAAUAGGAAGCAAGAGUUGGAACAAUUAAUGCAAGAUCAGGAAAGCUUUAGAAGCUCUCUUUUGCAAUGGUGCUAUACCAGUUAUGGAGAGGUUUUCAGCUCCUGGAUGCACUUUUGUGCAGUACGUGUUUUUACAGAGAGCAUCCUAAGAUAUGGAUUGCCACCAGCUUUCUUGGCUUGUGUUUUAGCUCCAUCUGUGAAAGGUGAGAAGAAAGUGCGUUCAAUUCUUGAAGGAUUGUCAGACAGUGCAAACAGUACAUACUGGAAAUCUGAAGAUGAAGUGGGAGGAGGGUUGGCUGCUUUAGGGGGGGAUGCCGACGCUCAUCCCUACGUGUCCUUCACAAUCAAUCUUGCGUGAAUCAUGCACAGUCCCAGUUCCUUGUCUGCCAAAUUCCAAGUCCAAAGAGUGCUUUAGACAUCAAUAAAUGGACAGGAAGGAAGAUACUGUAUAUUAGCAUUUGAUAGGUCAAUUCUUUGGUUUAUUUAUAACUGGAGCAUGUCAAUUUAAGUGUUCUUGGUUUAAUGAGUGAGCAGUAUUUGCGGGGAAGAUUCAGCACUUUACCAUUAUGUAUUGACACAAUUAUAUUUUGAGGUUCCAGCUUUGGAAACAUGUUUGUAGUCAUUUGCUUGAUGCACUUGUAUUUAUUGUAUUAAUGAUGAUUUGCAGGACAUGCUGCAAUUUCUAGUUA